AAUGUAACUGUUCCAAGAACCAAACCUUAUGUUUCAUUCAUAGGGAAGCAAAACUCCCAAACAGUGAUUACUGGUUAUGCUAAAGCUUCUGAUAAAGAUGCCAAUGGGACAGAGAUCGGAACCUUUGGUUCAGCUACCGUCAAUGUGGAAUCUGAUUACUUUUGCUCUACAGAGAUCACUUUUGAGAUUACAGUAGUUGCAAAGCCUGGGAUGAAUGGGGCACAAGCAGUUGCAUUCAAAAUCAGUGGAGACAAAUCAAUGUUCUAUAAAGUAAAGUUUGUUGGGUCGCAGGAUACCCUCUUAGACGAUAAAGGAACACAUUACUUCUACCAAUGUUACAUUCAAGGAUCCAUUGACUUUAUAUUUGGAAAUGCAAAUUCACUCUAUCAGAAAGAUUGCACCAUCACCUCAACAGCUGAAAACUUUGGAGCAAUUGCAGCUCAUUAUAGGAAAUCAAAAGGCGAAGAUUCAGGAUUUUCUUUUGUAAAUUGCAGAGUAAAUGGGUCUGGCAAGGAAAUUGACCUGGGAAGAGCUUUGGGUAAAUAUGCAAGAACUGUGUAUUCCUAUUGUGAUUUGGAUAUCAAUGUAUCUGAGCAGCCAUGGAGUGAUUGCGAAGAUGAGUCAAGAAGAAGGACUCUGCAAUUUGGAGAAUUUGAAUCUAGUGGCAAAGGUGCAGAACAGAUGGAACACUUCUUGGGAAGAAAAGCAAAACAUAUGAAACAAAAGUCAUGGGUCAAGCCAUUGAGUUUUCAAGAAGCAAAGUCUUUUUUGGAUAAGACUUUCAUAGAUGGUGAUGGAUGGAUAAGAGUUUAGUGAAGGUUGUUAAAUGGUUAGGUGCAAAUGGUUCUAUUUGCUGCAAGAUUUUUUAGGUGAAAUUGAAAUCGAAUCCGAAUCAUUUUUAAUAAACGGUUUUAGAUAGUGGAAUCAAAACCAAUUAUUUAUUAUUAUUAUUUUUUUAUUCAAA